AUGUCAGCCCCCGACGACCCAAAGCCUGAGGUGCGAGCCUCAGACCUGACUAACGACUCAGAAAAGCAAGAGUCAAGCUGUGCCUCUGACAGUGAGCAACCAAAAGAAGUGCAGAGCCCUCGCAAUGUGCAUGGGCUGCUAUGGAUCGCCCUUAUCCUGGCUAUUUACAGCUCCACCUUUCUCUUCGCACUCGACAAUACCAUUGUUGCAAACAUCCAGCCGGCAGUCAUUUCCUCGCUAAACGGUAUCGAAAAGCUAGCCUGGUCCGGUGUUGCCUUCGUGAUGGCAUCUAGCGCCACAGUGCUUACUUGGUUACAAGUCUUCAAUCAAUUCAACAUCAAGUGGCUCUACAUCUUCUCCAUCGCGGUCUUCAUGGGAGGGUCUGCAAUUUGUGGUGCAGCACAGUCCAUGGAUAUGCUUAUUGGGGGCCGUGUUAUAUGUGGUAUUGGUGGUGUUGGUCAGUAUGUCGGCGUGAUGAACUUUCUGCCUCGCUUGACAACAAUCGAAGAGCGUCCUUUGUAUAUCAGUGCCAUGGGCUUGACAUGGGGUGCAGGGACUGUCCUUGGCCCUAUUAUCGGCGGCGCCUUUACUGAUAGCUCGGCUGGAUGGCGGUGGUCCUUCUAUAUCAACCUCGUCAUCGGCGGUCUGUUUGCCCCUGUCUAUUUUUUCCUGCUCCCAUCAUUGGAACCACAGCCCGCGGGAACUUCUGUCACGGACCGGUUAAAGAAAAUGGAUUUUGCCGGGACAGCCCUACUAUUCGGCGCAUUCGCAGCAGGGGUGAUCGGUAUCAACUUCGCCGGCGCAAUAUAUCCCUGGAGCGAACCGGGCAUUAUUGCGGCGAUUGUUCUCGGCGGAGCUCUGUUUAUUGUAUUCGGAAUCCAGCAGACUUUCUGCAUAUUCACCAACGAGGAAACGCGCCUUUUCCCCGUGGAGCUGGUUUCUCCCCGCCAACCGCUCCUCGCUGUCCUCUUCAUCUGCGGUUGCUGCACUGGUGUUUGCGUGACAGUGCCGACCUACGUGAUUCCGCUCUACUUCCAAUUCACGGCAUCCGACGAGUCUCUCCAAUCCGGUGUUCGCUUACUCCCAUUCGUCUGCCUGCUGGUCUUCAGCUGCGUUACCGGGGGAUAUCUUGCAGGGAGGCUGGGCUACUAUAUCCCUUGGUAUAUUAUGGGCGGCGGGCUGUGCUUGAUCGGCUCCGCCCUUAUGUACACCAUCAAGCCGAGCAGUAGCACUGGAGCGACAUACGGAUACAGCUCGCUGAUUGGGCUUGGGUCGGGCAUGUAUUUGCAAUUGGGACACGCCGUGGCACAGGCGAAGGUGAAGCCGGAGAAACUUCCAGCAGCGGUGGCCUUUACAACCACUGCACAGCUUAAUGGCCUGACCUUCGCACUUGUCAUCUCGCAGUGUGUGUUUGUAAACGAGGCGGCGAAACGUAUCGGAUGGGUCCUACCAAAUGAAUCCCGCGAGGUCAUCGUCGGGGCAAUCUCAGGAACCGGCUCGACAUUUGUGCAGGAGCUAGACGCGGCCACCAAGAUCAGGGUCCUUGGUGCAAUUGUCACUGCUAUUGAUCGUACCUAUAUUCUCUGUAUUGUGGCAGGGGCAGUCACACUGCUCGCCACAUUCUGUAUGAAGUGGGAGCGCCUGUUCAUCCAGACUGCGGCGGCGGGUUAG